AUGGCUCCUGAAACAAAGAGCCGUAAGCCAGCAAAUACUGCUUUUAAACAACAACGUUUAAAGGCUUGGCAGCCAAUUUUAACUCCAAAAACUGUUCUUCCAACAUUUUUUAUCGUGGGA